AUGUCGUAUCAUGGCCGAUGCGCGGAACUGUCCGGCAAACUCUGGGAGAGCGUCGUAUGGGCAUGGCGUGGGAAUGUGAUAGCAACGGCUGAGGUGGAGCUCGGCGCCUUACAAGCUGCUGAGCAAGCCCCAGCUCAUUGGACGAUGCUAGGACCCCCGAAGCUUAGGUCAGGAGGAUCCGUAGUGGCACGCUCGGCAUAUCCAACGCCUGGAAGGGACAUGGUUGUGAGCAUCACGACCAGUCUCCGGAUCGACCACGAGCUGAGCUGUGAUCAGGUCUCGACCGUAGGAUAUUAUCUACCCAUCGGGGCGAGAACGCCCAAUCCCUCAUCUGGCAGGUCCCAAGGCUUGAGGUUACCACGUCUAUCGGACCUUGCGGCAUCUGUGGUGGAGGGAUCAGGUCGUACCCAACGACAAGCACGACGGCCGCAGCCUUCUGACGGACUCGCCGUUAUCACUGUUCAACCAUCGCUCAAGUUGGAUAAUGUGAACUUGAAGCAGCUUCCCGGGAGCCCCUCUCUAUCGCCGCGUGCGGCCAAUGCCUUUUAUGAGUGCAGGAACUCGAGCCCUGCACCUGGUGACUCCGACUGCAACAACAUCAUCAACGAAGUAUUUGCGCUAGACCAGCCCAUCACGAUAACGUCCAACGCGUGCCUCACCUUCCAAUACGGCACGUGUUGGGGCUUCUUCUGUUCGCUGUGCCAGACCCUAAGCACGGACACCAAUUUCAUCGGCAACCAGCUCAUCUCGGCCGAGGCACUAUGCGUUGCCAACGGUCAGAUCGGCACCAUAGUUAGCCAGGACGUGCCUCAGUGGCAGGCUGGUUUCGUCUACCAGGGCGCUGGCUUGCCUGACUACGACGUCUGCUAG